UGCCGGUGUGGCAGUCAGUGGUUCCCGAGGAAGAUGGUGGACUUCGUGACAGCAGCGUGCUCUGAACUCCGUCCCAAACACAGUGACAACUGCGCUUUGUCUCAGCCCGGCAUUCGAUACAGAUUACCCGGGGACAAUCACAGAUAAUACACCCAGAGAACCGCGGAGGGGAGUGACUUCUUUCGCCUGAAGGGCAACUCUUGAUUCCCCGGUGCUUGGAGGGCGGAGGGUUGCGCAGCGUGGUGCUGGGAGGUGAAGAACGCCCGUCGUCGUGAGCCAAAGUGUCAACACACGUGUGGAGGAAGAGGCCGGUGUCUGGAGCUUCUCUACCCGGGCUGCGGAGACGAUUUACGGACACUACCCAGCUCUUUGCUGCUUCCUACCAACCACCUGUGAGCAGCGCAGCUAGCUCACUCCAGCUAGCUAAGCCCAGCUAGCUCUGUUGUGAAGUGGUGGAUCAGAGCCGCCGCUGGAAAUGCCGCGGAGUAAAAAGGGGAAACGUGGCUCCGGUAAACCGGGUGUUAAAAAUGGGGUGAAGGGGGAGUCGGGUGCCAGUGACGAUGAGCUGACGUCUGAUAUUCUCAGCCCCGGCAGCAGUGCCAGCGAAACCACGUCUGUGGUGGAAGAGGGCACAGGGGCAGAGCCGGUUGAUGAGCAGACUGCCCAGGAGGAGACAGAAGACAAACUCAAACAAUGUAUAGACAAUCUGAUGGAUAAAAGUGCUAAGACUCGGCUUGCCGCCCUGGAGUCGUUGCGACAGGCCUUCUCUUCCAGAGUCCUGUACGACUUCCUGACAGGGAGAAAGAUCACUGUUGGCGACUGCCUGGAAAGAAUGCUUAAAAAAGGCAGUGGAGAGGAGCAGGCGGCGGCUGCCACACUAUUUGCCCAGCUCUGUAUCCAGCUUGGGGGUGGGGACGAGGCAGAAGAAGGCUUCAAGAUGCUUCGGCCCAUCCUCACUGCCAUCCUGAUUGACAACACUGCCAGUAUAACUGCCCGCCAGAGUUGUGCCAGAGCUCUGGGGAUGUGCUGCUAUGUGUCUGCUGCUGAAGAAGGAGAGGACUUGGUCAAGUCACUGGCCCUCCUGGAGAGCAUAUUCAUGUCUUCCUACCCCAACAGAGAGGGGACGCUGCCCAUUCCUAAACCUGGGAGUGCGGGUCUUCACAGUGCUGCUCUGCAGGCCUGGUCACUGCUGGUCACCCUGUGUCCCGCAUCUAGACUGACGGUGCUGCUCGACCUUCACCUCCCAAAACUGCAGGCGUGUCUGCAGAGCAAUGACGUCAACUACAGGAUCAGAGUGGGAGAGACCAUCGCCCUUCUGGUGGAGCUGGGCCGAGAAAUAGAUGAGGAAUUUGAGGUGAAGGACAGUGAAAGUCUGUGUGAAUCUCUGAAGAGUUUAGCAACAGACGGCAACAAACACCGAGCCAAGAACGACAGGAGAAAACAACGCUCCAUCUUCAGAGAGGUUUUGCAUUAUAUAGAGAGCGAGGACUUCACAGAGGAGAAGAUCAGGUUUGGAGUGGAGAGCAUUUACAUCGACGGCUGGAUGAGGAGACAUAUCUAUGACGCCUUCAAAGAGAUCCUGGAGUCUGGAGUCAGACACCACCUACAGUUCAACCCACUACUUAGAGACAUCUUUGGGCUUGGCGCCCCCCUCAUCCUGGACCCUGCUGUCAAAGCCAACAAGAUCUCAAGAUUUGAGAAGCAUCUUUUCAACUCUGCUGCCUUCAAGGCCAGGACAAAACAGAGGAGCAAAGUCAGGGACAAACGGGCUGAUGUCAUGUGAGAGACGGAUGAGGACGGAGCGAAGGGACGAGGAAGAGAGGGGAUUUCCGGGCUGUACUGAGAUGGAUACAAAAAGAUGCCUUCGACGUCUCAGCUCUCAGACACACUCAGCAAUCCCUGGACAGGGCUUUUUCCACAUGUGCUUUUCACCUACAACUUAACUCUACUGAUUCAAGAUGAUGAUCGGUUUUACAGUUUAGAGUAUUUUCUACAUAACAGUCCUGAUUUUAAAUCAAUAACUAAACUCAUUUCAAGCAGGAUAAAAACAUCUGGACU